AUGACGGCGAAGACGAGGGCCGAGUCGAACUCCUCGGCGACAGCACCGGCUGCUGCUGGGGCGAUGCUGCCGACAGGACCAGGAAGGCACCGUUUUGACCCGGACGCGUCCAUCGUGCUGGUCGGCUGUCGCGGGGCGGGCAAGCGGUCGCUGGGCUUUAUCGGAGCGCUGCAUCUGCGGCGUCGCCUCGUGACCGAAGACCACUAUUUUGGACAGGCAACGGGUGAGACGCGUGCCGAAUACCUCAGCCGACACGGACGGGAGGUGUUUGUGCGGCGCAGCGCCGAGGUGUUCAAGCAGAUGCUGGAGGCCAACAGCCGGCGCUGCAUCAUCGAGUGCGGGAUGAGCAGCCUAACGGGUGAGGCCCAGGAGGCUCUACGCCGGUAUUGCGCUUCGCACCCGGUCAUUUACGUGCAUCGUGAGCGCGAGCAGGUCCUGCGGUUUCUCGACGCCGCUGACGCUGACCAGCUGCUGCGAGCUGACGAGAGCCACCGGCGGUGCUCUAACCUAGAGUACUACAACCUGAUUGAGUCAGGUGAGCAUCAGAACCAGAACCAGAAACUGUCAACAGGAGUCAGCAGCGGCAGAAACAGCCCGGAGCGCCACUCGGUGUCGCGGCUGCUCUGCGUCAAAGAAGACUUCACCCGCUUCCUCGACCUCCUGCAGGGUCAAACAUGGCAGAGACAAUGGGCCGAGAGCCCGUUUUCGCUGAACGCAGUGCCACCCGAAUUCCGCAGCCACUCGUUCGCGCUACGGCUGCGGCUGUCGUACCUGCUGGUCAUGGACCUCGAGUGGGAGGACUACGAGGCGUGUGGCGACUGCGUGGAGCUCAUCAUCGACCGGUGGCCCGACGACCUGUUCAACCUGGUGGCCCGCCAGGUGGCUUUAAUCCGCCGCAAGCUGGCCAUGCCCAUCAUCUUCCACGUGGAGGAGAAGCCGCGGGGCGAACGCGACAGGACGCUGGCUGAGCGAGACCACAUGGACGCCGAGCUGCUGGAGCUGGGCCUGCGACUUAACGUCGAGUACAUCAGCCUGGACCUGCAGCGCAGCGACGAGCUGGUGCAGCGCAUUCUAGCCCAGCGUGGCCGCACAGCCGUCAUGGGCAACUUCUGGUUUCCCGGCCUGGAGGCGCCGCCGUGGUCAUCUGACGUGCAUCUGCACAAUUACGAGCGUGCCAUGGCCCUCGGCUGCAGUAUCGUGCGCAUUGUGCGCUUCAAUCGUGGCGGCGGAAGUGGUGGCGAGCCGUCCGGGUCCUCGGCCGACUUCACGGCACGGCUGGACGUCCUGGUGCCCGAUCCCAAGCCGCUGCUGGUGGCUUUUGACUACUCUAUCCUCGGCAUGUGCACACCGAGCCGAAAUCGGAUCUUCGUGCCCGUUAAGCACCCCAGCUCGGUUGGCCACGGUGAUCAUCUUGCCACCGUCACCACGAUGGCUUCGUUGUUCAGCUACAUGUUCCGCGAGCGGCGUCUGGACGCCCUCGACUUCUUCACCGUUGGCUCGCACAUCGACUACUCCAUCACACCGGCUGUCAACACGGCUGCCUUUGCCUUUGCCGGCCUGUGGCACACAUUUCGGGCCGCCCAGUGCUCUACGCUCGACGAGCUCAACCGGCUCUUCCUCAGCCUCGGCACCCGUGCCAACACGACCUUUGGCGGCGCCACGCUGGCUGCACCCUUCAAGGUUGCCAUCCUACCGUACGUUAAGCUGCAGAGCCAGCAUGCCGCCGCCUUGGGCGCCGUCAACGUCAUCCUACCGCUGCGUGGCCGUUCGGCCGCCGUGCUUGACCACGCAAACGCCCGCAAUCGCGGCGGUUCCUGCAGCGAAUUCUACGGCGACAACACCGACUGGCGCUCCAUCUACAUUUGUCUGCAGCGCGCCAUCAGCCCGCGCAACGUCGUCCAGCCUUCCCGUACCACCGGCCUCGUCAUCGGCGCCGGCGGCAUGGCGCGAGCCGCCAUCUACGCCCUCAUCCAGCUGGGCUGUCGCCACAUUUUUAUCUACAACCGCACCCGCCAGCACGCCCUUGACGUGGCCCGCCACUUUGACGACUGGGCCCAGGGACUGGCGCUGGCCGGCGCAGGCGCUGCUGCGAACGGCAGCAGCGACAAGGCGCAUCGCCAAAUAUGUCACGUGCUCAACUCUGUCGACGAUCCGUGGCCGCCAGAAUACCAGCCGCCGACCAUGGUUGUGUCGUGUGUGCCGGCCGUCAACUCGGACGGCAGCCCCAAGGCCGACUUCCGCAUGCCGAAGCAGUGGCUGACCAGUCCGACGGGCGGCGUCGUGGUGGAGCUCGCGUACGAACACCUGGUCACGCCUCUUGUGGCACAGAUGCAGGCCCUCGGCGACUCCGCGUCGCCCGCCUGGGUCGUCGUUGACGGACUGGAGAUUGUUAGUGAGAUGGCCAUCGAGUCCUUUGAGCUGAUGACUGGCCGCAUGGCGCCACAGCGCGUCAUGAAGGCCGUCUGCCGCCGUGCAUGGCAGGAGCAGCAGCGGCGACGAGCCUUGCCGGCGCCAUGA